AGACUAGUUCAGUACUUGGGAAACUUCUGUGGUUUGUGUGCCUAGUAACUACUUGCAAGUAUUAAUAUUAUUCUCACUGAUAUACACUGGAAACCAGGAAGAGUUAGUUCUACUAAUGUUUCACGAAGUUAAGUUUGAAAAAAUAUAAAAUUUAUUAAUCAUAAACAGAUUGUUAUUACCCUCGAUGCUGUGGAAUUUGUUCAAUUGUGGAUUACAAUAAUUUUAGCUGAAUUGAGAAUAUCAACAUCUCUAUUUCAAAACUGAUCCAUUCAUUUAUCUUAUUUUUAUGUAAAUUAAAUUAAUUAUAAUUUAGUCAUUCUUACUAACAACAAAUGUUAAGAAGCCCAAUGGAUUGCGCGUUCGAGGAUUUUCGUCGUGUUAGCAAAGUUUCAUUGCCACCGUCAGAGCAAAUUUUGUGGAAUUCCUUAAUCAAUAAGCAAACGAGUAGAGCUGAUUAUGUAUGGAUUGAUGAUGCAAAAAUAAUCAGGAGUAAAAUUAUGAUAAUUUCCGGAUCUAUACAAGGAAUUUCUGAACUACCUUUGGAAGAGUACUCAUCAAAAUAUACUCUUCGUCCUGUUUCGUUAUUUGAUAAUAUUGAUCCAAAUGAAAAUCAUGUGCUUGUUCUUUGCGAAAUGGCUGAUCUUCAUCUAGCAAAACCAAGUUACAAAGAGAAUAAGCGACAAGCAUACAAGAAGAUCAUUUUAUCUGAUAAAGUGGUCACAAUGGAUCUACUUUUUGAAAUUGAACAGGAAUUCACAUUCAAAGAAUGCGUUGACAUGUUGGACUUUCACAUUUCCAAGUGUCAUGCAAUUAUUGAAGCUUUUGGCAAAUCUUGUGUGAAUGCUUUGAUUCCAAUAUGCAGUAUCACGUACAAAUCUUCGCAUAAUGAAUGUUGGUCAUACAAAAUUGGACCAUGUACGGGGCGACAGGCAGCUGAUAUGUUGUGGGUUUCUCGCUUUAUAAUAAGUCGUAUUUCUCAAGAGCUUGAUAUGACAAUUACUUUCGAACCGUUGAAUACCGUUGCAUCAGGCGAAUACCCUGCCGAAGAAUAUCGACCGAGCACCAAGUAUCGAUUCUCAUCUGGAAAUAUGCGCGACAGAGCAAAAACGGCAAUAUAUAUGGAAACUUGUUAUAGUAAAUUCUUGAAGUACUCUGAAUAUGAUCAAAAAAGUUUGGAAGAUGUUUAUGGUAGAGGGUGUCUAUAUUCGUUAGAUCUGAUUAGAAUUUGUCAUUCGGCUGGGAAAAGAGUGUACAUUGAGGAUGGUAGACCUAGCGGCUAUAGCGAUCCUUACGAUGUAAUCAGUUAUAUUAUAAAAAAAUGUUUUUUGUAAGAUUUUGUAACAAUACUUAUUGUUUUACGAACGUCAGUUUAAAUAUGUUAAUUUUCUAUUUGUCAAUGGUUACGCAUACAAGUGUCAAACUAAUAUUCAAUGUAAUAUUAAAAAAAAUCAUGAAAUGUUCUGGAAUGUAUAAGGUUUGUCGUUACACUUUUUAAAAUGAAUUGUAACAAUUGACAGAUAUGUAAUUAUGUCAAAAUCUUUUGAUAUCUGUUCAUAUUUUUCAAGUGAUGUUAUGGAAUUAUUUUUAUUAAGAAUUUUUGUUGAUACGCUUUCUAUUUGUAACUGGGUAACUGGCGAGUGUACUUAUGUUUGACUAGAAUAAAUAUUAACUAGCUUUAUAAAAAAAACCUUUAGCAGUGUUUCGAUUCGCAUGUAUAAAAUGAAUGUCUACCAAUAAUGUAAUAAAAAUAACAGUUGAUAACGCGACAUGUACGUCUA